GGAAAGAAAGUCUUGUCUUGAGUAUGGACAGUGAAAUUCAACGAGACGGUAGAGUUUUGGAUCUUACCGAUGACGCUUGGAGAGAAGACAAAUUGCCCUAUGAAGACGUCACAAUCCCGCUGAGUGAACUCCCUGAGGCUGAACAGGACAAUGGUGGAUCCACAGAGUCCGUGAAGGAACAAGAAAUGAAGUGGACAGACCUUUCCCUGCAGAGCCUUCAUGAAAACACUCCAAACACUGGGAGUUGAAUCACUGCUGGCAUAGCACUGUAGAACACCUGCUACGUUCACAGAUUUGCUUUGUUGGGCUGUUAGUCCACUAUCUUGUGGCUUCAUGAAUAUUAUCCCAUGAUUACCUGCUGCAGGUUUCUAGCGUUCCUACUAAAGAGCAGUCCUUCAAAAACUUUGCGUCAGCACUUACAUUGUCACAUUCUGCUUUAAUUAACUUGUUAAAAAUCUGCUCUGAAUCCUUUUACAAUGUUUUAGACCAGCUCCAUGCAUUGUCACAUUCUGCUUUAAUUGACUUGUUCAAAUCUGCAUGCAAUCUUUUCACAAUGUUUUAGACCAGCUCCAUGCAAUUCAAGAGUAUAGAUAAGCAUGUAAACAAAUGUUAUAUGUUUAUGUGUCCAUGUGUCGUGUCUUUGAAAUUAUUAAAACCUUACACGUCCAUUGCAA